AAAUUUGGGUCAGAGCCAGAAAUGACAGGGUUAAAUCCUGGGAUUUGGGGCAGGUUGGGCAUGUUCAGGCAAAAUUCAUGGAUCUGUGGGCAAAAAUGACAAUUUUGAGGAUGAAGGAGUGAUUCCCUGGSUUUGGUGGGAUGAAAAUGGUGGAUUUGUGAUGAAAACAAUGCCCUUCGGGGUCCAAACCGGGCAAAUCAGUGUGAACACAAGGAUUUUGGGACUGAUUUUACGGGACAAAACCCCUCCUUUUGAGCCAUUCCUGAGCCAAACACCGCAUUUUUGGGACCCACCCUUCUCGUGCUGUCCCUGGGGAUGCAAACCACGAUUUUUUGGGGCUCGGAUCCCGACAUUUGGGGCCCGAAUCCCGUUUUUUGGGGGCGAUUUCCUUCUUCCCAGCACCUCCUGGAGACGCCCUUCGGGGUGAUGCACGCGUGGGUUUCGGGGUCCCCGCGGCCCGGCCGCCCCGCCCUGGUGACCUUCCCGGACGUGGGGCACACGCACCGAACGUGUUUUUCGGAGCUUUUCGGGCACGAGGAGAUGCGGGAGAUCGCCCGGAGCUUCCACCUGGUGCACCUGGAGCCGCCGGGGAUGGAGGAGGGGGCGCCGCCCUACCCCCCCGGGUACCGCCCCUCCCCACCGCCACCGACCCCAUCCCCCCCUUUAACCCUUUUAAUCCAGAGUGACCCCAGAGUGACCCCUGAGUGA